GUGCACUUGGAUUGUGAUGCGACGGAAAGGGUUGGUGUGGAAGAUCGGCUUCAGGACACGUGAAGCAUCUGGCGCGAGGUCGUCGAAGCUCUUGUCCGCUCGUUGCGCGAGGUAAUUGCUGUCUUGCGCAGCGUUCUGUUCCCGCUUCAUUCCGGCUCCAUUCGACGAGCCCUCUUUCUCGACAUAUAAAUUUCAAAGUGCGAGGUCAGUAUUGUGCCAGCGUCGCCUCGCCUGUCCCAUCACCUUGUUUGCGACCAUCUCCUGAAGAUUACUAGCUUCGUCGGAACUUGAUUCGAGCUCGAUCGGAAUCUCUCGCCAGUCGAUGAUCCCACUUACCCAUCCAACACCAUCUGCUCAGCUGCUGCUGCUGCUGCAGUCAGUCAGUCAGUCUUACUCAUUUCUGGCCUCAUCCUCUGAGCAAUCAGAGAAACUACUAGCGAGUUAGCUAGUAGCGAGCUAGCAGAUCCAUGGAGGUCGUGCAAUUCUCCAGAUCCCUUCACACGGCCAUCGGCGAGAUGCUCGAUCACAGAGAUCUGCUGGAAGAGGGUACCAUCGUGCCUUUUGGUAGUGCUGACCGUGCUAGUAGUACUAAUAGUAGUAGACGUGCCGCAGCACCAUCAGCAGCUGCGAACUACCCAUUCUCUCACAGCGUGUCGAAUCACCAUCAGCAUUCUCAGUCGCUUUUGAAUCAGCCCAGCUCACCGCUAGAUGCGGCCGGGUUACCAGCGGCUUUCCUGCUAUUCGACAAACGAGCCAAGCACGCGUCUCACACGCGAGAUCACGCCGCGAGACAUGGCGGCACGGCGAUCGACGUCGCAUGCUCACCGCACCAGUCGGUCGCGACUCUUCCACACUCAGCGGAUCGCAAGCCGUUACCACAUUGUCGCUCGUUUCGCGUGUCGCCUCUCGUCGUCUGCUGGCGGAAGCUGCUGGAACUGGCGAUGCUGGGCCGAGCGCUGGGCCACGUGCUCGAGAGAACCGUCGCGGUCAGCGGCUUGUAUCGGCAGCUCGCGCGGAGUCGAUUGCUCGGGCCGAAACCGAUGAUGGCCAAGGGCUUGCCGUUUUGACGCAACAGAUCUAAACCCGCUCUAGAUUCCAGAAGGCGGCAAAUAGAGCACGCAAAAGCGCCUAUUUUCAGCGUGAAGUGCCUAUUUCGGAGCCUCAAAAUAAAUCACGUUUUUCCAGCGCUAGAAAUGGUAGUUUUUAGUCAAGCAGAGCCACUGGCCGUGGCAGCUUCCAGGGGAGAGUAUAAGUGGCCGAACUUUGCAUGUCUACUGUGUCUGAAGCAAGCUCAUUUUCAC